UACAACACUGCAGAGUAGUCGGAGAUUCUUGGUCUGGGAACCAGACUAGUGUACACACACAGUCUAAUGCAGGCAUUGAGUAUAUUGUCUGUAUUUUUGCCAUGCGAACGAUGUGCAUUUUUGUCACUUCGUGAAAACAGAGAAACACAGAGACCAAGCUUUUUAUUAGCAGUUUGUUUAUAGUUACUUGGAAAGCAAACCAACGUUUUGCUUUGUAAAACUGUACUGAUUUGUUCUUUGGAUCAAAGGAAGCAAAAAGGUAGGAAAAACACGAGAUCGAAAAAAUUUCGUCUUUUGUUUGAUUUUCCGGGUUUUGCCACUCCGUGAAAACACCAACGAGAAGUUAUUAUGCAGACAUUUCCGUUCUUCUAUAGGAUACGAAAAAGCAUGAACAACAGUUUUGUUUUUGUUUCGUUGUAUUUAUUUCAUGUGUAAAAAACUUUAAACACAUACAAAAAUAGUUGCAGCUGUGUACUUCGCCGUUUUGCGAAGUGACAGGUGCGUAGCGAAGGCAUUUUCUUAGGGGUGUCAGAGUCAAUUUGCCGACUUGUAACUUGUUGGCAACCUCGUGUCAUGUAAAAUUUUCAAAGUGCGGAAAAUGCAAAUCCGUGAUGCGCUACAUUUCGUACUUCAGGGGAAAUGUCAAUGGCCAACAUGUAUCGUUUAUGUACCAAUUUUGGAUUCAUUUGCUGACCAAAACUCUAUUUGCCAGCAGGAAUAAUUAUUGGGGGUGCCGCAUCCCAUACCCCGCCCUGUCCCUAGGCCCCAGAUUAGUGACAGACUUCAAAUGAGCAUUAUCUAAAGGUACGCUUUUCCUUGAUUGUCUGUGGCGGCUAGCAGGAUUUGAAGGUACGUUAAUGGUGGCUAGCGGGAAAACGUAUGGGUCACAGCUUUUUUUGCACUUCGCGUGGGCUUAUUCCUUGCAAUAUCCUUGUAUAGGUGAUUAAAAAGGAGAACGAUGGCCAAAAUAAAACAAGUGAAAAUACGCUUAUCGCUAAAAGCAUGAAAGCACGAACGACCUUUUUAUUAAUAAAAGUUAAAAUGUAUGUAAGCGAUGGCGUUCAUACGUGGAAAGAGUGCACAGUAUGCACAUAAUCUAAUUAGUAAAAAUCAAUAGAAGAAUUUUGCGCAAUUUUGCGGCAACACAUAUCAACUCAUCAUAUUUCUGUGUUGUGUCAUUCUGACAGAGGGACAAAAAUGAGCAUUUUUUUCCCACGAGAUAAAAAUGAGCUAAAAUUCAUGAAACGAUAUUUCCCACCUUUAAAACUGGUUUUAUUUCUCACAAAACAAAGCACGCAUGAAGUAAGUUUCAUACGGUUAUUUUCACUCUAACACUGUCAAUAACCGAAUCUCUCGAAUGAAGAAUCCCCUUCUUUCUCAUUAAUGUUCUUGUGAGGCGUAAGAAUUAUCAUCUAACGUGAUCUUUGGGGGAAUUGCCUUUCUUGUGCAGAGGCUGUUAAUCAAAACGUGCUAGAUACAGAACAGAACAUCGUUUUGAGUCAGCUUAUCUUUCUGAGCCAAAUUAAUCACCAUAUGGAAAUCAAUGUUAAAAAUCGAUUAGGGACUUGAACCACAUAUCAGCUCGAUUGAAAGAGUCAAAUAUUCUGUAUCUUAAUCCUGUUACGGUAAUUUAUUUGUUGCAGUGACAUCACGGAAGAGGGUUAUAACACAGCCUAGCUAUCAAAGAACCAGACACGCUUGCUGCUUGCUUAUGGUGUGGUGGUGAGGAAUUUGGAGUCAUGAAGCUUAAUAUACUGGUGGACUAGCGAUGUGAACAUGAAAUUUGGCAGUCUGCGGGCAGCACUAGCCAUGUUGAUCAUAAGCAGUUUCGCCACAAUAGCUGUGCCCGGCGACGUCUACCCUAAUCCUCAAAAGGAUCUCUAUCGUUGCGGACGCAGAGGACGUGCUUCAUGGAUAUGUGACCCUGAUCAAGUGCUUUCAUUUCAUGCAGCGGAGGAUGUCAACACUGCCCUGAGCAAUCUACGUGUUGAGACUGAGUGUUCAUGUCACAAUGCUGCCCUAUGCUCCAACCACACUGGACAUGGUUACAGUGUGGCAGUGGCUGUCAUGUCUUUUUUACCAACAACCCGAAGGCAACUCAUCACCGCAACAAGCUAUGCAAAGUACCUCAGGGAACAUGAAUGGCUAUAUGGUAACUGUGAGGACGACGUCGUCAUCGUUGUCUCAAAGCUGGAAAAACAGGUUGCUGCUUCUGUUGGGGACACUGCUGCACGGAAGCUCACCGCAAGGGUUAUGGCAGAUAUCUUCAGUGACACAAGUGACAACUUCCAAAAUGGAAACUUUUCAGAGGGACUUUUAGAAAUAAUUGAACGCAUGAGAGCAGCAUUUCGAAAUGACUACGUCAUUACUCCGUCUUUUCCAGUGUGGACUGUCGUUCAAAUGGCAAUGGCAACUCUGUUUGUUUUGAUUUGUUUUUUUAGUAUGUACAUAUGCAGAAAACUUUAUUCUUAGAUUUUUAGUUUGAAUGAGUUUGAAAUCUUGAAAUUGUGAAACAAAAAAACAAAAAAAUCGCAUGCAAAAGUCAAGGACCACGAUGGUCCACUUUGAUUAAAGGCAAUUAUGGGUGAUGAAUUUUUAUAUGACGCAUCCAAGCUCUCUGAGAUUCAACUUACAUAAUUUGGUGCGGUUGCUCGCUGUCAUUCAGAUCAUUUGCAUAAAUCAGCCGUUAUCAUGCUAAAGAAGAUUUUCAGUUACGUGAUUUUUGACAGCGUUCAAUUUCUAUAGAUAUGUGUGCGGCAACAAGCACCUCUGGGUAGUCUCUCAACAUACUGACGCACAUGAAAUUACCAUUUGAAAUACACAGGUUCGAAAAUGCACGCGCCUUCACGAACAAGCAACGCUUCCUGAAAUUUCUUUGCCCGUCAUGUCACGUCACAUGGAAAACCUUUAUAUUGUCAAAAGAGUAACAUCUUUGUUUUGUUCUAUUCGCGCUGUUUGGAUUGUACACAUUCUUCAACCUAGAUUUCUUUUAGUUGUGGGCUUAAAUUGUGUUAUUUCAUCUUGAGUAUCCUGUUUGGGGUUGAUUUCUUUGACAUGAAAGCAUAUAGAUCACAAUGUGACAUCAUAUGCACGGUGGCGGUAUUAGUGGUGUGUAUUAAACCUCUACGAUGAUAAUGAGCUUUAUUUGGAAAGAAAUGUAUAGUUGACUGUAUUGACUGUUUGAAACACUCUGUAAAGCCUUACAAACACAACACUUGUUAUAAUUUUUCCUAGUGCCUUUUUUACUUGUCAACCAAAGUUUGUAAUUAUAACUCAGCACAUGCGAUGAUGUCAACAAGAGAAGGUCCUUUUAUACACUGAGUAAUUUUGGGGAAUUGGGUGGGACAGAUUUAAUUAGAAGGUCGCACACAUUUUAUUACACAUUUUAUUUCUCAGACUUUGUAAGAUAUUUCUGAAAAAUAUCACUGCCUGCAAGUUUGAGAAAUUCUUAGGAAAAGUGUACAGGGCCCACAGAGAGGUCAAUUUUUGACUGGGCCACUAAGGUCAGGAUGUGGAUUUCCUGAGAGGCUGCUAUAGAGCCAGCCUAAACUACUUCCAAAACUGAUUCGAGAUGCCUUUCAUCUUUUGUCUCAUCUUUGUUUAAAAGUCUUUACUUGCUUGACUUCUGUCAGAAAUGUCAUGUUAAUGAGUUCAUGUUAGUUAACUUUAAAAAAAAAGGUCAGUGCAGAUUUUUCUAAUGCACGUCCUUGUUAAUGGCACAUUUGGUGACCCAUUGAACACUUUGCAUUCAGUUUAGUUUUGGAAAUAAUAGGGAAUUUUGACAACUUUCUGGUGAUGCCAAGGAAGGAUUUGCGUUUGCGCAAAAGUGACAGUGUUUCACCAUUUCAGGAAAAAUUAUCAUGAAAGUCUCUGUCCGCACUUAAAUUUACGAGAGCUCAUUAGCGCCAAGCUAUGGAGCAUCAAAAGUGGACAACCUUAUUUUCUCAUUUUCUGUCAGUAGAUUUUCGGGACUUUGGACUUUGCGUAUAGCAUUUUAAACGAAAUUUUCCGCUAGGAGAAAUUUGGACUUUACUUUAACAACUCUUCGUGGCGCGUCAAAAGUGGACAACUAAAAACUUCAAAUUUCCACUGGCAAAAUUACUGUCAUGCUUCCAAAGUGGACAACCCCAUUUUCUCAUUUUUUGCUAGUAGAUUUUCGGGUUUGGGGAAUUUACGUAAAGCAUAUUCAAAAGCUCAAUUUUCUGCUAGCAAAAAUUGGGAAUUUACUUAAAGAAGUCUUUGUACCACGUCAAAAGUGGACAACUAAGAACUUCAAAAUUCCACUAGAAAAUUUUAUUUGAUGCUCCCAAAGAGGACAACCCCAUUUUCUCAUUUUCUGCAAGUAGAUGUUCGGGUUUUUUGAAGUUGCACCACCCCUUUUCAUAAAACCCAAUUUUCUGUUAUUAGAAAUUUGGAUUUUUCUUUGCCGACGGCGGGGUGGACCAAAAGUGGGCAAGUUAAAACUAGAAGGACACUUUCCUCCCUGCGUUGAAAAUGAACGGUCUUAGGAAGAUUGGCAUCACCCGACCCUGAAAAAAAUAAGGUGGACGAAAGUUGCGAGGCUGCGAGAGUGACGGUCCUUUGUAUAUAUACAUGUAGGUUUACUGCAAACGUGUGGAGCCGUCUGUUGACGGGCAUCAGGCGUCAUUUCCCUUGCUGCAUGUGAUCGGCCUUUUUCAUGCAACUUGUAUAUCCAUUUAGCCGAUUUUGUGAAAAAGAUCGGACCUUCUUCACGUCAAGGAUGUGAAUUGUAUGGGAUUUAUCGCAGGGGAGUAUUAUUCUAUAGGAAAUAAAAAAUUAUGGUGGAAGUUACUCGGAGUGGCAAAAGUGAACGACCAAUUUUUUGAUAUUCAGAUAUCCUAAGAUUUGUUAUUCAAUCCACCGUCCAUGCAUUUCACAGUACAGGUAUCUGAUGACUGCUCUGGGCCGUCAAUUGCAAGUUUGUGUUUAAAUUGCGUCAAUAUCCUUUCACGUUGUCACUUUGAAUCAUUUGUCUUCAUAUUUAUGACCCAGGCCUCCACUCUAACUACCAACAUGUAUUGAUGACUUGAACAAAGAUUUGAAUGAUAAAUAUUAAAUUAGAUCUUUGAUGCCAUAUCAGUGACCGACUGGUGUACUGGCUGAAAGAUUUA